AUGAUGGAUGGAACAACGAAGAAAUUGUCUCAAGAUGUUGCUAUAGUUAUUCUUUUAAGGCUCUCAGUAAAAUGUCUUUUGCGAUACAAGUGCGUUUCUAAAGAAUAUUACACUCUCAUACAAUCUUCCACUUUCAUGGGUCUUCAUUUCAACCGCAUCUCAACAUUAAAAUAUGAACUUGUCCUAUUAAAACACUCCUUUAAGGAAGAUAUCGAGCAAUAUAAAACUAUCUUAUCUUUUCUUUCCGAUGAUGGUAAUGAUUACCUCAACCACACUUUUUUGGAUCUAGAUUUGCCUUAUAUGACAUCCAGAUACAGUGUUUUUCAAGAUCAACUAGUUGGUCGUUGCCAUGGUUUGAUUGCUUUGAUGAACGAUAUAACCACCGUGUUAUUUAAUCCAUCAACUAGGAAUUAUAGGCUUCUCCCACCCAGCCCUUUUGAUUGUCCCCAGGGAUUACAUCAAUGCAUCAGAUCUGUUGGAUUUGGUUUCGACUCAGUUGUUAAUGACUACAAAUUUGUUAGGAUUUCUGAAUUUCUCAAGGAUGAUCGUUAUGGGUACAUUGAAGAGGUAGAUGAAAAAAUUGAGGUUUAUGAAUUGGGUAUUGAUUGUUGGAGAGAAUUGGAUCAUGUGGAUCAAGGAUUGCCCAAAUUGUAUUGGUCGCCUUGUUCUCAAAUGUUCUACAAGGGAGCUUUUCAUUGGAUUGAUCAAGAUAUAAUUCUUUGUUUUGACAUUAGUACUGAAAUUUUUCGCAAUAUGAAUAUACCUGAUACUUAUCAUUAUUACAAUGAUCCGUUUUAUAGCCUCAUCAUCUUAAAUAAGUCCCUCACAUUGAUCUGCUACCCCAGUAUAUUGCCUGUGAUUGAUCCAACAGAAGAUCUGAUCGAAAUUUGGAUUAUGAAGGAUUAUGAUGUAUAUGAGUCUUGGAUUAAGAAAUAUACACUUAGAAGUCUUUCUAUGGAAUGUCCGUUGGCAGUUUGGAAAGACAAUUUUUUGCUUUUCCAAGGGAACAGUGGAUGUUUGAUAUCUUAUGACCUUAAUUCCGAUGAAAUAAAAGAAUUAAAUUUGCAUGGUUGUGAAAGAAGUAUGAGAGCUGUUGUUUACAAGGAAAGCCUGGCUUCAAUUCCUAGAGGAAGCGAAAACAGCACACAAGUUCACAAAUUUUAG